AUGGGGACGGGUUGGGUAAUGGGGACACUAGCAUCUUUGACGGUUCUUCCCGACGAGCUGAUGGCGGAAAUAUUCUCCUGGCUCUCCGUGAAACAUGUUAUGCAAUUAAGGUGCGUCAACAAGUUUUUCAAAACUCUCAUCUCCGAUCCUUACUUUGUUCAAAUGCAUCUCGAAAAAUCAACACCAACGCCUAAUCUCGCACUUGUCUGGCUAGUCUGCCGGAAAGAUAGUGAUUCCCAUUUCCUUAGUCAAUCCAUUCCUGGUUUACUCCAAAACCAAUUUAACUCCCUUCGCAAUGAUCCUUCCUAUCGAUUGAUCAAUUUUUGCAUACCCUUCUUCUCUCGAUGCAUGGCUUUGUUUCUGGAACCCAGCUAUGAGAACAAUAACAAAUUUGGACUAUUUUCUAGGGCCGUGGAAUUUAAGUUUUGUUUUGGUUAUGAUAAUCUGAAUAAAACUUAUAAGAUGGUUGCAUUCUUGGUCGAUUUAGAUAUUGAUCGUUGUUUAGAAAAUACUGUCAAAAUUUUCAGCUUGGGGGAUAAUUCAUGGAGAGAUAUUCAAUGUUUUCCUGUCGAUGUGAUUCCACUUCAUUGGAUUGAUGUUUGGCACAACAAAGAUGUGUAUUUGAAUGGUACUAUUAAUUGGCUGGCCUAUUCCAAUUAUGACUUUUAUUUGAUGGGUGUUAUUGAAAAUUAUGCAAUCCUUUCGCUAGAUCUCUCCACCGAGUCAUACACUCAGAUGACGUUGCCCCGUGGUUUUGACAAGGGGCCGCAUGUUCGGGCAAAUAUUGCGCUUUUAAUGAAUUUUCUUUGUUUUUGUCGUGAUUUAGAGAGAAACCAUUUUGUUAUAUGGCAGAUGAAAGAAUUCGGAGUUCAAGAGUCUUGGAUUCAGUUAUUUAAAAUUAGUUAUCACAAUUUCUAUUCAACCAGUAAUUUAUUUGAUAUUCAGAAGGCGGAAUUGUUGCCGAUACACCUUUCUGAGAAUGGUUAUACUUUGAUAUUGACGAAUGAAUAUAAGGCACCGGUAUUUAUAUGUGAUUGCAGAGAUGAUACAGUAGAGUUAAUAAGGACUACCGAUACGAUUUUGUGGUUGUGGGCUAAGGAUCAUAUUGAAAGUUUGGUUCCAACUUGUUGAGAAUAUUAUUUGGAAAGUAUGGAAAAGGGGUUGAUGCACUUGACUAUGUUGAAGCAACAGAUGAGAGCAUGAUUUUCAAUCAAUUAGAAUUGUUUUUUUAGUUUACUUAAAUGAUG